GGCCGGCUGUGCUAUUUAUUCAUGUUAUUAAUGCUUGAUGAUUCACACCGUUGUAAUGGCCAGGCACAUUGGUUUUCCCCAUGCAAGCUCUGCUUGUGACUGUUUGAGUCAAGUCAGAGGAUGAAAAUUCUAAAUGCAAAUGAGUGGUAAUGACCAACACAAAACACCUGCAAAGAAAACUAUUUGAAAUGCAGACACCCACUAGACAGAGUCUAACUCAAUUCAAAUUAGCCUUAUGUCAAGUGAGUCAUAUACAUAGAUUCUGUCCACAUUGUGUCAUUUUCUGAUAAGUUCUUUCUGAACUUGAUACUUAUCAGACCUCUGAACCUUCCCCUUUUUGUCUUAUAAUCCUUAUGAUUAUGAUUGUUGAUUUGUUAUGAUUUCUCUUGAUUCCUCCCACCCUUCACUCACACAAGCACACACUGAUGAACACACACACUGAUAUAUACAUAUAUAUAUAUAUAUAUAUAUAUAUAGAGAAAGAGAGAGAGAGAGAGAUUAUAUCACUUCUGAUUUCAAAGGCUUUGGCUCUGCUCUUCCUAAGGGCCUCUUAGUGUUCAUCUCCUCAGUAUUCACUGGUGUUUGGAAAAAACUGGCGAGGAAAGACCUGUUAUAAAAAUAAAAAUAAACCUUCAGCUUCAGGAGGCUUGAGUUAUAUGAAAACCAGAACACCUGCCCAGAGAAAGCUGGCUCUCUUCCAGAGCCAGGCAGAUAACUGGGGAGAGGUGGAGGGAAAGAGAGAGGGAGAGAGAGAGAGAGGAAGAGAGAGGGAGAGGGAGAGAUAGAGCAGAGUGCGAAAACAGCCAUCUGCGCUGCCAUCUCCGUGGCCCGACCGAUACUCAUUACCUUUCAAGGGCAGCCAUCACUGUUCCCUGCGCAAGUGGGGGCACUUGGAUGGGGUUGGGCAAACGGAAACAGGGAGCAAUUUGCCCGAGCGACAAAAGCAUUCUUCUGUAAUGUCCCUUAUUCUUUAUUAUUCGCAUUUAAAUUAGAUGUGGUGCACUGGGGGCCGGCAUCCUUUCACAUGUAGAGUGUUGUAGACGUGCUAAUGAAAGUACACAGAGAAUAAACCCCUCUGAGAUCCAGAAUACAUUUCAGGCUCGCCCGCACCAGUAGCUCAUUACAAUGGCAACACAUUUCACAUUUUUGUCGCUCUGAUUGAGGACAUUCAUGCCAUUUCCUCACAACUUGUUUUUUUUAUUAUUUCUUCUUCUUUUUAAGUUUUGUCCUUCCUAUCAAGCCUAAUAAUGUCAUGGAUUUAAUCAAAAUGAGUCUUGCCUCAGUGCACGCACAAGCUGCGAGGUGACCAUAGCCUUCUAUACUGUACAUGAACGUCAGUGUUUGCUCUGUAGUUAUUUACACUUGAAUGAGAGAGAGGUAGGCAUUCCUGAGCAGCCUCCAUCCUCAAGCUGCUCAACCAACAAAUCCUUUAUGCUUCAUUUUAAAGUCCAGCCAGUGUGUACCUUCUUUAAAGUGUGGUGUAUCUAUUAACAACGAUCUACCUAUACCAAUGAACAGUCAGCAUUUCCAUAAGCAUUUUUUAAAGGGAAUCCAACCACUAGAUGGAACUAGAAAUUAGAUGACUGUGAGAAUGGUGAUUUGAUGGAUUGAAGCUCUGUAAUAAGGAUAGGACAAUAUGAAAAGAAUUGAUGUUGUGAGCAGACUUUGGGGGAGAUUAAUAUUGUUUCCCAUUUUAGCCAUAUUUAAGCAAAUUGGGAGUUAUGGCAUGUACAUAAAACUGAAAUACAAAUACGAAAAAAUAAGUCAUAACCAUUAUUUGCAGGCUUACUAGUUUUGCAGGGCAGUGUGGGUUUUGUUGGCAGUGCAAAGGCAUGUUGGGAGAUCACUUCAAAUCCAUUGGUGGUCAACCUGACAACAGACAGGAUAUUUUGCCCAGUGUGUAUACUGCACUUGUGUGUGGUGUGUGAUAUUUUGCCCAGUGUGUACCUGAAGUUUUGAAGGAUGACAUGAUAUGCUGAAAGUAUUGGACUUGCAAAUCCAUUUGUUGUAUCAACAUUUUUUCUGUAGAUAUAGAUGUAUUAUCUGUAGAUAAUUGCUUAAUUUGUGAAAGAUUUCUCUUUCCAUUUUACAAUUAGUGUAUGACAUCAACAUCUUCAUUACAAGCUGCUCUGGCCUUAAGUAGAUUUAAAAUGUCUGGACACUAAGAGUUAAGCCAAAUGUCUUCAUAUUUAACUGUAAAUGUACAUGUGCGUUUUACAGUGGUCCAUAAGCUCCCAGUUGUGUGCUUAAUGUUCGCUUAAGUAGGCUAAAUCAUGACCGCCUUUGCAGUGAGGCAAUCAAAUGGCAGAAGACUUACACGAAGCCAUAUUUUGACAGGCAUUUCUGUGAAGAUGUCUAUCAGUUCAGUUCGGUAUCGAUUAAGACUUCAGGCAGCGUCAUUUUGCUUCGUGUGACGCGCGUCGCGAAAUCCAGUAUGAGGGGGGGUCCUUCACUGGUGUAGCUAUCCAUGGUGCUGAAACUCGAAGUGCGCCGCAACACGAAAACGACCAGAGGGAUAUCUAUUCGGAAAACAAAGGAAAAUGCUCGUACGGAUUAUUUAAAAGCCAGUUCAUCACUUUUUACAUCGUUCUUGGAACUCAAAAAAAUCACUAGAAUGUUUCCCAACACCUCGUCCAAGCUUCUUAAUUUAGAGGACAGUUUUUUCCUGAUGAAUUCCUCCGGCAAUGAAACGCACAGCGAGUCUCACGGUAGCGCAAUUCUGAUCUCAUUUAUCUACACAGUGGUCUGUUUGGUCGGGCUGUGUGGAAACUCCAUGGUCAUUUAUGUCAUUUUUAGGUACGCUAAAAUGAAGACGGCGACAAAUAUAUACAUUUUGAACUUGGCGAUUGCGGACGAGUUACUUAUGUUGAGUGUGCCGUUUUUGGUGACAUCCUCGUUACUUCACCACUGGCCAUUUGGAUCUUUCUUGUGCCGCCUCGUCCUAAGUGUGGACGCUAUAAAUAUGUUUACCAGCAUUUAUUGCUUGACUGUAUUAAGCAUAGACCGAUACAUUGCCGUAGUGCAUCCCAUAAAAGCUGCCCGAUACCGGAGACCUACAAUCGCCAAGAUGGUUAACUUGGGAGUUUGGACAUUUUCCAUCCUGGUUAUUUUACCAAUUAUUAUAUUUUCCAGCACAGCACCGAACUCGGACGGAUCAGUCGCUUGUAAUAUGCAAAUGCCAGAACCACAGAGGCAGUGGAUGGCAGUGUUUAUAGUAUAUGCCUUUUUAAUGGGCUUUCUGUUCCCCGUCAUUGCCAUAUGUAUGUGUUACGUCUUGAUCAUAGUAAAGAUGCGAGUGGUUGCGCUGAAAGCUGGCUGGCAGCAGCGCAAAAAGUCCGAGAGAAAAAUCACUCUGAUGGUUAUGAUGGUGGUGACCGUGUUUGUGAUCUGUUGGAUGCCUUUUCACGUCGUACAACUUGUUAAUGUCUUUGUGGAGACACAUAAUGCCACUCUUAGCCAGCUGGCGGUAAUUUUAGGUUACGCUAACAGCUGCGCCAAUCCUAUACUGUACGGAUUCCUGUCGGACAAUUUCAAACGCUCCUUCCAGAGAAUAUUAUGUCUCCGCUGGAUGGACAACGCAACUGAGGAACCUAUCGAUUACUACGCAACUGCUUUGAAAAGUCGCGGAUACAGUGUAGAUGAAUUUCAACCGGACAAUAUGGAAUCAGAUAGCACCUAUAGAAAUGGUACUUGUACCUCCAGGACUACGACUUUGUAAACGAAUGAACAUGUUAAAUGUCCAUAAUAGAACAAAGCUUUGUACUACCUUUACCUGUUUCAUUGCUUAUGCCAGAAUAGUAUUUGUCUGUUUCGUUAAGCUGUAUUUGGAAAUGUACACCAGAAGACGAAGUCCCACCAGAGUAACUUUUUUACCAAUGAACAAAGCAUUAUUGCCCAGUAGCAUCUUUCUCCAAGUCAGCCAAGUUUAAUAGAAGUAGCUACGUUUUAUUGGUAGCUUAAUCAUUAAAAGUAGCCUAACGAUCCAUAUAAGUCGUAAGACAUGCCUGACUCUUUAGUAGGGAGGCGAUUUUAUGCUGCUACUGUAGUGACGCUAAGGGGCCGCAGUGCUUAUUCUGUGACUGUUGCACUUUUGUGGUGAACGCCGCUUAUGAAUGUCUGUUUCAGGAACAGACGAUAUAGUUUGUUUUACGCACGGAACCUUUUUGUGAGAAGCUUUCUUUUGCUAACUGACUACAUCACGACAGGGUGGGUGGGGCAGACGCAACUGCUGUUUUUACAGGAAAGUACUGUUUACGCUCACAAAAUGACCUCAUCCUGCCCACGGAUAUCAGUUCAGCUAACUUGUUUAGUGUCCUCUCACAAUGUUUUUGUUUUAGGGAUUGUGGGUCUUGCUCUACAGCCUUUGCCUUUGAUUUCCACAAAUGAAAACGCGGCUUCUCUCUGAUAACUGGGGAAAGUUUUAGUUCCAUGUCUUUUGAUGUGCUCUCUGUAGUUAUCAGUGUUAACAGAUAUGAUAGACCCCUCAUGUUUUCAUUCCCCCGCCCC